AUGGCGGAGGGAGGCGGACCCGAGUCGGGUAGUGCGGCAGACCCCGAUCCGGAGCCGGUAGCCGCUCAAAUACCGACACCUUCAACCGAAAGUCAAAAGCAGAGUAUCGGAACACUUCUCAAAACAACUCUACGAAAGGGAGACGAAUGGUAAGUUGUUUUGAAUGUAACGUUAGCAGCUAGCUAGAUAGCUAGCCAAUAAUAGCUAAUAUGCUAGCGAGCUAUCUACUUUCAGUUCAUGGGAACUGAAAGUAGCUAGCAAUAGCAUAGGCCCGUCAGAUUGGUAAACCGGUUCCCAUUGAACAGGAAAUGGUUUGAUUUUUGGAGUUGGGCCAGGGCAGACAUGAACAAGCUAAUGUUAGCUACGUCUUCUCAUCCGAUAAUAUUUAGUUUCUCGACCACUGCAACCUACCAGUAGUAGUAGUAGUAGUAGUAUUAGUUAGCUAGCUGUGUUUAGUUAAUAGCUAAGGUUCGUGUUAAUAGCUAAGGUAGUUAACUAGCAAGCCAAGGUAUUGCGCAAGUUAGCCAUGUCUGCUCACAUUAGCGUACUAGCCGACUAACUAGCUACGACAUGACGAGGUGUAGUAAAAGGCCCCUGUUCAAUACAAUAAAGUGGAGUGACUGCGAAUUAAUGCUAGCUAGUUAGCUUGCUAUCUUGCUAGCUAGCUAAUGCUUUGUCAUUGGAACUGGAUAACAACCAGCUACUUGCCCUCUCAGAUAUAGGUUUCCAGGCAAAAUAUUUACAAGGUUUUAACUUUGGAAACCAAACUGUUCCUGUAUCUAUUUUGCUAACGUUAGUUAGCAAAAUCAGUACUGACCAACAAGGGAGGGGAAACAACCAAUUGGCUCAGCUAGAGCUAGGCUAACCACAAAGGCACUACCGUACCAGUUGUCUUGAGUUGAGAAAGUAGGCUGCCGGGUCAUGUAAUGUUAUGAUGUUUAGAUCUAACGUUAGCUAGAUGAAUUCACAAAAUGUUUGUAUAGCUGAAGUAAACAAUCAUUUUAGUUGGGAUCGAUGACAAGUUUGAUAUGCACCUGGGGCAAGGCUCCAGACAACUUGCAUUGUUUUGGCCUCUCAGCCUGUCUGAACAGGGUAAUGUCAGCUGGGCAGAAAUUGGCAGCUAUUGGCCUAUGGCUAUCUGACUGACUAGUUUGCUGAUUUUUGACCUAAGUCUCAUGUUGAAGUAGCCUAGCUAAUUUAGUCACUUGAUAAUUUUUUCUAUUCUAAUAAGGGAGUUACUUACAAAUAAAGUUUCCCACUGCCUGGACUUUGGACCAUGUGAAAUCCUGCUAACAAGUUUAUGCAGUGGAAGAUAUUCUUACUUGAGAUUAAGACAUCCUAGCUCACUGUUACUAUAUGUGAAUGUGACCUAGAGCACAAGAAGGUUUUGUUUUGGAGUUGUUUUGAAAAAUAUAAACUUGACAAGCAACAAUUUAAAAUAUUCUACUGAGUUACAGUUCAUAAUAAGGAAAUAAGUCAAUUGAAAUAAAUUCAUUAGGCCCUAAACUAUGGAUUUCACAUGAUUGGGAAUACAGAUAUGCAUCUGUUGGUCACAGAUGCCUUAAAAAAGGUAGGGGUGUGGAUCAGAAAACCAGUCAGUAUCUGGUGUGAGCACCAUUUUCCUCAUGGAGUGGGACACAUCUCUAUCACAUAGAGUUGAUCAGGCUGUUGAUUGUGGCCUGUGGAAUGUUGUCCCACUCUUCUAUGGCUGCGCGAAGUUGCUGUAUAUUGGCAGUACAUGUCGAUCCAGAGCAUCCCAAACAUGCUCAAUGGGUGACAUGUCUGGUGAGUAUGGAAGAACUGGGACAUUUUCAGCUUCCAGGAAUUGUGAACAGAUCCUUGCGACAUGCAGCCAUGCAUUAUCAUGCUGAAACAUGAGGUGAUGGCGGUAGAUGAAUGGCACGAAAAUGGGCCUCAGGAUCUCGUCACGGUAUCGCUGUGCAUUCAAAUUGCCAUCGAUAAAAUGCAAUUGUGUUCGUUGUCUGUAGCUUAUGCCUGCCCAUACCAUAACCCCACCGCCACCAUGGGGCACUCUGUUCACAACAUUGACAGCAGCAAACCGCUCUCCCACACGACGCCCUACACGCUGUCUGCCGUCUGUCCGGUACAGUUGAAACCGGGAUUCAUCCGUGAACAGCACAGUUCUCCAGCGUGCCAGCCGCCAUCGAAGGUGAGCAUUUGCCCACUGUAGUCGGUUACGACGCCGAACUGCAGUCAGGUAAGACCCUGGUGAGGGUGACGAGCAUGCAGAUGAGCUUCCCUGAGACGGUUUCUGACAGUUUUGUGCAGAAAUUCUUCAGUUGUGCAAACCCACAGGGUGGCUGGUCUCAGGAUCUGGGCUGGCGUAGUUAGACGUGGUUGUGAGGCUGGUUGGACGUACCGCCAAACUCUCUAAAAUGACGAUGGAGGCAGCUUAUGGUAGAGAAAUGAACAUUCAAUUCUGGCAACAGCUCUGGUGGACAUUCAUGCAGUCAUCAUGCCAAUUACAUGCUCCCUCAAACCUUGAGACAUCGGUGGCAUUGUGUUGUGACAACUGCAUAUUUUAGAGUGGCCUUUUAUUAUUGUCCCCAGCACAAGGUGCAUCUGUGUAAUAAUCAUGCUGUUUAAUCAGCUUCUUGAUAUGCCACACCUGUCAGGUGGAUGGAUUAUCUUGGCAAAGGAGAAAUGCUCACUAACAGGGAUGUAAACAAAUUGAAAUGUGUGCACAGAAUUUGAGAGAGAAACACUUUUGGUGUGUAUUUUUAAAAUUUUAUUUAACCUUUAUUUAACCAGGUAAGCCAGUUGAGAACAAGUUCUCAUUUACAACUGUGACCUGGCCAAGAUAAAGCAAAGCAGUGUGAUAAAAACAACACAGAGUUACAUAUGGGGUAAACAAAACAAAGUCAAAAAUACAACAGAAAAUAUAUAUACAGUGUGUGUGAAUGUAGUAAAUUAUGGAGGUAAGGCAAUAAAUAGACCAUAGUGCAAAAUAGUUACAAUUUCGUAUUAACACUGGAAUGAUAGAUGUGCAAAUAGAGAUACUGGGGUGCAAAUUAGCAAAAUAAAUAACAAUAUGGGGAUGAGGUAGUUGGAUGGACUAAUUACAGAUGGGCUGUGUACAGGUGCAGUGAUCGGUAAGCUGCUCUGACAACUGAUGCUUAAAGUUAGUGAGGGAGAUAAGAGUCUCCAGCUUCAGAGAUUUUUGCAGUUCGUUCCAGUCAUUGGCAGCAGAGAACUGGAAGGAAUGGCAGCCAAAGGAGGUGUUGGCUUUGGGGAUGACCAGUGAGAUACACCUGCUGGAGCGCAGACUACGGGUGGGUGUUGCUAUGGUGACCAGUGAGCUAAGAUAAGACGGGGGAUUUGCCUAGCAGUGAUUUUAUAGAUGACCUGGAGCCAGUGGGUUUGGCGACAUUUCUGGGAUCAUUUAUUUCAGCUCAUGAAACAUGGGACCAACACUACAUGUUGCAUUUAUAUUUUUGUUCAGUCUAUGUUGAGAGAUGGAGAAAUACUCCAAAUAAGUGAAUACUAACAUUGGUAGACAUAAUGUAGGAACUAGUGGUACAAGUUGUCUGCAUGCAAGGUCCUUUGUAGCUCAGUUGGUAGAGCAUGGCGCUUGUAACGCCAGAGUAGUGGGUUUGAUUCCCAGGACCACCCAUACAUAAAAUCUAUGCACGCGUGACUAAGUCGCUUUGGAUAAAAAUUUCAGCUAAAUGGCAUUUAUUAUUAUAUAUUAUUACUUUUAUCCAUGUGUAUUCCACUUUAACUUGCAAGUUGUCAUCCUCAUUCCUCACAAUACAGUUUCUUACCAAGGCACUACUUUUUGCAGGUUUCUGAUUGAUAGCAGGUGGUUUAAGCAGUGGAAGAAGUAUGUGGGAUUUGACAGUUGGGAUAUGUACAAUGUUGGAGAGCACAGUCUCUAUCCCGGCCCUGUUGACAACUCAGGCCUGUUCUCAGGUAAUGCAGGCAUCAUAUUCACUGACACAUUCUUACACAAAAUUUCACAUGGUUAAAUCUUAAUCUGCGAGUAUGCCUAUAAUGUGUUUUCUUUUCUCUGAUUCUAAUAAGUACACAACUAGUUAUAAACAAGCACUCUAAAUACUUGCUCACUCUAAAUACUUGAUGUCAUAACUUACCUUUACUCUAUUUCUUCUCAGACCAUGAGACCCAGAUCCUGAAGGAGCACCUUAUAGAUGAGCUGGACUAUGUCCUUGUGCCCACUGAGGCUUGGAACAAGCUUGUCUGCUGGUAUGGUUGCCUUGAGGGCCAGCGGCCCAUCGUCAGAAAGGUGAUGCUAUUAUCUUUAACAAAUAUUUUCACCCUUUUGCUUUAGUCUCUCUCUAACCUUGCUCUUUCUCUCCAUAGGUGGUUGAACAUGGCAUGUUUGUCAAGCACUGUAAAGUCGAGGUCUAUCUGUUGGAGCUAAACUUGUGUGAGAAUGACAACAUGGACAAUGUGGUCACACGUCAUUUCAGCAAAGCUGACACUAUAGGUAAAGGGGGUUUACUGUACUGUGGGCCAGAGAGCAAACUGACACGUGAAUUAACUACAGUGGGGAGAACAAUUAUUUGAUACGCUGCUGAUUUUGCAGGUUUUCCUACUUACAAAACAUGUAGAGGUCUGUAAUUUUUAUCAUAGGUACACUUCAACUGUGAGAGACAGAAUCUAAAACAAAAAUCCAGAAAAUCACAUUGUAUGAUUUCUAAGUAAUUAACUUGCAUUUUAUUGCAUGACAUAAGUAUUUGAUACAUCAGAAAAGCAGAACUUAAUAUUUGGUACAGGAACCUUUUUUGCAAUUACAGAGAUCAUACGUUUCCUGUAGGUCUUGACCAGGUUUGCACACACUGCAGCAGGGAUUUUGGCCCACUCCUCCAUACAGACCUUCUCCAGAUCCUUCAGGUUUCGGGGCUGUCGCUGGGCAAUACGGACUUUCAGCUCCCUCCAAAGAUUUUCUAUUGGGUUCAGGUCUGGAGACUGGCUAGGCCACUCCAGGACCUUGAGAUAAUUCUUACGGAGCCACUCCUUAGUUGCCCUGGCUGUAUGUUUCGGGUCGUUGUCAUGCUGGAAGACCCAGCCACGACCCAUCUUCAAUGCUCUUACUGAGGGAAGGAGGUUGUUGGCCAAGAUCUCGCGAUACAUGGCCCCAUCCAUCCUCCCCUCAAUACGGUGCAGUCGUCCUGUCCCCUUUGCAGAAAAGCAUCCCCAAAGAAUGAUGUUUCCACCUCCAUGCUUCACAGUUGGGAUGGUGUUCUUGGUGUUGUACUCAUCCUUCUUCUUCCUCCAAACACAGCGAGUGGAGUUUAGACCAAAAAGCUCUAUUUUUGUCUCAUCAGACCACAUGACCUUCUCCCAUUCCUCCUCUGGAUCAUCCAGAAGGUCAAAAGGCAAACUUCAGACGGUCCUGGACAUGCGCUGGCUUGAGCAGGGGGACCUUGCGUGCGCUGCAGGAUUUUAAUCCAUGACGGCGUAGUGUGUUACUAAUGGUUUUCUUUGAGACUGUGGUCCCAGCUCUCUUCAGGUCAUUGACCAGGUCCUGCCGUGUAGUUCUGGGCUGAUCCCUCACCUUCCUCAUGAUUAUUGAUGCCCCACGAGGUGAGAUCAUGCAUGGAGCACCAGACUGAGGGUGAUGCCCACGAGGUGAGAUCUUGCAUGGAGCACCAGACCGAGGGUGAUUGACCGUCAUCUUGAACUUCUUCCAAUUUCUAAUAAUUGCGCCAACAGUUGUUGCCUUCUCGCCAAGCUGCUUGCCUAUUGUCCUGUAGCCCAUCCCAGCCUUGUGCAGGUCUACAAUUUUAUCCCUGAUGUCCUUACACAGCUCUCUGGUCUUGGCCAUUGUGGAGAGGUUGGAGUCUGUUUGAUUGAGUGUGUGGACAGGUGUCUUUUAUACAGGUAACGAGUUCAAACAGGUGCAGUUAAUACAGGUAAUGAGUGGAGAACAGGAGGGCUUCUUAAAGAAAAACUUAACAGGUCUGUGAGAGCCGCAAUUCUUACUGGUUGGUAGGUGAUCAAAUACUUAUGUCAUGCAAUAAAAUGCAAAUUAAUUACUUAAAAAUCAUACAAUGUGAUUUUCUGGAUUUUUGUUUUAGAUUCCAUCUCUCACAGUUGAAGUGUACCUAUGAUAAAAAUUACAGACCUCUACAUGCUUUGUAAGUAGGAAAACCUGCAAAAUCGGCAGUGUAUCAAAUACUUGUUCUCCCCACUGUAUGUAUCAUAUUCAGCCACUUCCGACUUUUGAUUAGCUUAAUAUUAUGCAUGUGCCCUGUCCAGACACUAUAGAGAAGGAGAUGCGGUCGCUAUUUGAGAUCCCAACGGGGAAGGAGACUCGACUGUGGAAUAAGUACAUGAGCAACACGUACGAGCAGCUAAACAAGCCAGACAGCACUGUGCAGGAUGCUGGUCUCUUCCAAGGCCAGGUAGAGUACACACUCUACCCCAACACCCCACUUCAGCUCACUCACUGCUAGGCCACACACAGUUAGCGCUAGACCCUUUGACCACUGGCUCUGUCUUCAUUAGACACACAGCACAGGGGUUACACUUGAAUCUUUUUAAGGGGAAGCUGCAAUGGUGUCACGUUUAUAUACUUAAUCACUUAUCUCAUUGGUUGUUCCUCCCAAUAGUUGAAAUUGCAGCUAUAUUUGAUAACCAUUAGGCCCAUCAGGGAUCACAACAUUCCUAAUGUCAGAGGUUAUGUUUUGUUACCCAGCAGUGAUUAACUGCUAAUUGAUUAUGUUAUGAUAGUUGUUUUUGAGGUCACCUGGGUUCUAGCCUCGUACUACCAUCCGUGUCUCGCAAGCUUACAUACAUUUAUGUAUGUUUACGAGAUCAGGAAGAUUGUACGGGGCUAGCUGGGUUCAGCUGAGGUUAGUUAUAGUGACACGGCUCUCACUGGCUUGUUGCCCACACAGGUGCUCGUGAUCGAAUGCAAGAACAAGGACGGCACGUGGCCCAGACAAGCCUCCCAUCCAAAGUAAGUUAAUCGGUCUAUGGUUACCCUUGCUCUAUUCUAGGACUUUGUGGCAAUUAAGCCAUUUUAAUCCAAAUGUACUAUGUCUGGUUGCGCAAAAUGUCUGAAACUUGUCCAGUAAGUUGUCCAUUUCCUGUUAUUUAGAUCCAGUACGGCCACAUCCAGAAAUUUCACUACCUCCCCAAAGCUCUCCUCCAACUCGUCGGCAACCAUCUCCUCAACAAUAACCAAUGGGGACAGCAGCAGCAACUCUGGCAGUACACUGAACAACAGCACCUCCUCUGGCAAUAGGCAAGCACACUGUGAUUUCGUCAUUAUGCCACAAUAUAGUUAGUCAGACUAGUUCAAUGGAGUACCAUUUAUGUUUAGGAAUAUUUAUACAAUCCAUUCAUGUUUGCUCUGUUAUACACUGGACUCAGCCUUACUGUUUCUACAGAUUGGGAGGUUACAAUUCAUACAGCUCCUCCUACAACUACAGAGAGUCACCAUCCCAACCUGGCCUCUGUGGUCUCAGUAACCUAGGCAACACCUGCUUCAUGAACUCUGCCCUCCAGGUACCACUCACUCACUUACUCACACUUUGAACAUAUAUUUCCCCCUUACUCACCUCACUGUUUUGUUGCAGUGCCUGAGCAACGCGUCCCCUCUCACGGAAUACUUCCUAGAUGACCAGUAUGAGGCGGAAAUCAACCGGGAGAAUCCAUUAGGAAUGAGGGGGGAGAUUGCAGAGGCCUACGCAGACCUGGUCAAGCAGAUGUGGCUCAGCCGCAGCAGCUACGUGGCCCCCCGCACCUUUAAAGUAAGCAGCGUCACAGAUACAGAAGACUGAAUUUCUAUAGGCUACUGCGAUUGUCGUCCUCUUGUAGUGCACCUUCCUCACAUUAUUUUUGACCAGUAGAUUUCUCCAAUUAAACUCUAUGGAGUUUCUUAGUCAGUUACUGACUUACAAACUCAUUGCAGACAAAGCAAUGAGCAUUGAACUCUGUCACAAUUACUUUAAUACAUGCGUGAUUGACAAGCUGCACAGUCUUCUAACCUCCACCCUGUGUUCUCCCUCUAUCCCAGACCCAAGUGGGCCGCUUCGCCCCCCAGUUUUCAGGGUACCAGCAGCAGGACUCCCAGGAGCUGCUGGCCUUCCUGAUGGACGGGCUCCACGAAGACCUGAACCGCGUUAAAAAGAAGCCUUACCUGGCCCUGCAGGAUGCAGGGGGCCGGAAAGACGAGGUACACACACACACACACACACACACUGCAAAAUAUCACCUCUGUACAAAUCUGAUUUUCUUCUUCUGAAUAACAGAUUGUAGCUAAGGAAGCCUGGACUAACCAUCGCCUGCGCAAUGACUCAAUAAUUGUGGACAUAUUCCAUGGCCUGUUCAAAUCCACUCUGGUGUGUCCAGAGUGUGCUAAGGUCUCUGUGACCUUUGACCCAUUCUGCUACCUCACACUGCCUCUGCCCAUGAAGAAGGACCGCACCAUGGAGGUGUUCUUGGUCCGUAUCGAUCCCCAGUCCAGACCCACGCAGGUAACACACACACUGGAUGGGCGCUGCUUUUACCCCUCCAUGUAGAUACACUGUCGUUAUAAUAACAAUCUUAAGCACAGCCUCAGACAAACCAUUCAUUAGGCUCAACCUGGGCUAGUUGAAUUUCAUUAGAAUACAGUAUUUGUGUACAUAGAACAUUUUCUUGAUUUAGAGGUGGCUAUAUUGUCUGCAAUGUAAAUAAAACAUUUGCAUACUCGGGAGGCAUUGAGAUGUUUAUCAAAACCAGACCACUCUCAAUGGGGACCUAGAAACAGUGGUCUUUGUACAUGCUGCUGUGCUGUCUUCAAUUUCAGAGUGGGCCACGGUUCACCGACUGAGGUCAUAACAUCAAUGUAGACAGAAGUAAAAAUAUUAUUCUCUCCCUGUGCAUCUCUCCUUCUCUUCCCCAGUACCGAGUGGUGGUCCCCAAGCUUGGCUCAGUGACAGACCUGUGCAGCGCCUUGUCGCGGCUCUCUGGAAUCCCUGCUGAGAAUGUGAGAGCUUUAUGUGCUGAAUAAGGGCCAUUUUACUUUUGGACUCUUUUUACAGCAUUUGCACCAUGUACUUUAUGGGUGUGUGCUCAUGAUGACAUUUUGUUGAUGACUUGAUAAAAUAAAUGUGUAGAUCAUUUUAUACGUUGUAGCGGUUUCUGGUGAGACUAUUUUCAGUUGUGAGGAUAACGUUUUUCCCCACUGACGGGUCUGAUAAAGUUGCUCCAGUUGAGAGAAUCAAAAAUCACGGUUCCCGAAUAGUGGCCCGCGGGCCAAAUUCAGCCCACGAGUGAUUUUAUUUGGGUGCCCUGUGUUUUCUGAGGAAAACAUUGAUUAAUUAUUGGACAUGAGACUGUGAAAUCCCCAGGAAAUGGGUUCAAAGGGAUUUUAAUUGAGAAAAUCUGUCCUCAAGUAUUCCCAUGCAUAUGUGAUCGCAUCCAACUGGAAGGUUUGAAAUUAUUACAUUUUUGUCAAAUACUAUAUCUGUUUGGGAUUCUUGCAGUCAAUUUUCAGCGUACAAAUUAUUUAAACUAUGUUCUGGCCCCCCCGACCAUUCGCUCAAGGAUAAAUCGUCCCACGGCUGAAUGUAAUUGGGGACCCCUGCCAUAAAUGCUUCCUCUUGUCCUCCUAGAUGGUGGUGGCUGAUGUUUACAAUCACCGGUUCCACAAGAUCUACAGACGAGACGAUGGCCUCAACCAAAUCAUGGAGAAGGAUGACAUCUUUGUGUAAGCCUUGUCCCUUCUCUUGCACUGGAAGAUAACAUAUUGAACAGUGGUUGGGUAUGAGCAGACAUCAGUCUCUUUAUUGUUAGCCAGGAGUUUACAGAAUAACCACACAGUAAACACUAUAAAUACUCAACAUAUACAAGAUGUUCAAAUGGUGAAAAAAAAGAACACCCCAAGUAUGCUACUGUAUCAUUCUCCAGGUAUGAGGUGGCGGAGGAGGAUGGGGAGAGUAUGAACCUGCCUGUGUACUUCAGGGAGCGCCACUCCAAGCACACAGGCGGCUCCACGGGCACCAUGCUGUUUGGCCAGCCCCUGCUCAUCACUGUGCCCCGGCAGAACCUAGCCAUUGACAUGCUCUACGAGAAGGUGCUGGAGAGGAUCGGGUGGGUACAGUGUCUGUGGGCCUGCUUUUGUUUCUACUUGUGUUCAUAUGUACAGUAUAACCCACACAGACUUGAGAUAUUUAACAUGUAGUUAUGUGCGAAAUGUGAGCUUUGCACAUGUGGCACAGUCCUAGCAAAAUUCUUGCUUGAGAAAAUGAUUUUUGCCAAAAAGCAAUUUUUUGCCAUUUUUAUGGAAGUCUAUUAUAGUAAGGUACUUAAUUUGUUACCCAAAAAUGAUUUUAUAUUGAUAUAAAAACAGCUGCAUUGGGCCUUUUAACAUGUACGAUAUUGACCAACUGUUUCCUGACCCAGGCGCUACGUGACGCGCUCUCAGAGCUCCACUGGUGAGGGGAGGGCCUCAGCCUCCGCCUCUGCCUCCUCCGCCAGCUGCAGCCAGGCAGCAGAGUGCUCAGCAACAUCCUCCAAUCACAACACUGCAGUGAGUGGGAGUGGAAGCCCCCUGUCAGAUGGGGCAUCCUGCAGCUCCAGCAACAGCAGCAACCACUCAGGAACAUCCAACGGGAACGGGGUGUGUGAGGGUAAGCAACAACACGGACUGGAGUGCUCCAGGGCUGUCUAAAGGCAGCACUGUUACUCAAAUCAAAUACAACAGGUGUAGACCUUACAGUGAAAUGCUUACUUAACCAACAAUGCAGUUUUAAGAAAAUACAAAUAAAGUGUUAAGUAAAAAAUAGCAAAUAAUUAAAGAGCAGCAGUCAAAUAAAAUAACAGUAGGGAGGCUAUAUACAGGGGGUACCGGUACAGAGUCAAUGUGCGGGGGCACAGGUUAGACAAGGUAAUUGAGGUAAUAUGUACAUGUGGGUAGAGUUAGUGACUAUGCAUUGAUAAUAAACAGAGUAGCAGCAGUGUAAAAGAGGGGGUGGGGGGUGCAAUGCAAAUAGUCUGGGUAGCCAUGAUUAGCUGUUCAGGAGUCUUAUAAAAAAUAUAAUAUGCCAUUUAGCAGACGCUUUUAUCCAAAGCGACUUAGUCAUGCGUGCAUACAUUUUUAUUUUUUGUGUAUGGGUGGUCCCGGGGAUCGAACCCACUACCUUGGCGUUACAAGCGCCGUGCUCUACCAGCUGAGCUACAGAGGACCACAUGGCUUGGGGGUAGAAGCUGUUAAGAAGCCUUUUGGACCUAGACUUGGCGCUCCGGUACCGCUUGCUGUGCGUUAGCUGAGAGAACAGUCUAUGACUAGGGUGGCUGGAGUCUUUGACCAUUUUUAGGGCCUUCCUCUGACACUGCCUGGUAUAGAGGUCCUGGAUGGCAGGAAGCUUGGCCCCAGUGAUGUACUGGGACGUACGCACUACCCUCUGUAGUGCCUUGCGGUCGGAGGCCGAGUAGUUGCCAUACCAGGCAGUGAUGCAACCAGUCAGGAUGCUCUCGAUGGUGCAGCUGUAGAACAUUUUGAGGAUUUGAGGACCCAUGCCAAAUCUUUUCAGUCUCUUGAGGGGAAAUAGGCUUCGUCGUGCCCUCUUCACGACUGUCUUGGUGUGUUUGGACCAUGAUAGUUUGUUGGUGAUGUGGACACCAAUGAACUUGAAGCUCUCAACCUGUUCCACUACAGCCCCGUCGAUGAGAAUGGGGGCAUGCUCAGUCCUCUUUUUUUUCCUGUAGUCCACAAUCAUCUCCUUUUGUCUUGAUCACGUUGAGGGAGAGGUUGUUAUCCUGGCUCCACACAGCCAGGUCUCUGACCUCCCUAUAGGCUGUCUCAUCAUUGUCGGUGAUCAGGCCUACCACUGUUGUGUCGUCGACUAACUUAAUGAUGGUGUUGGAGUCGUGCCUGGCCAUGCAGUCAUGGGUGAACAGGGAGUACAGGUGGGGACUGAGCACGCACCCCUGAGGGGCCCCGUGUUGAGGAUCAGCGUGGCAGAUGUGUUGUUACCUACCCUUACCACCUGGGAGCGGCCUGUCAGGAAGUCUAGGAUCCAGUUGAGGAGGGAGGUGUUUAGUCCUAGAGUCCUUAGCUUAGUGAUGAGCUUUGAGGGCACUAUGGUGUUGAACGCUGAGCUGUAGUCAAUUAAUAGCAUUCUCACGUAGGUGUUCCUCUUGUCCAGGUGGGAAAGGGCAGUGUGGAGUGCAAUAGAGAUUGCAUCAUCUGUGGAUCUGUUGGGGCGGUAUGCCUGGGUGGGUGUAGGGUUUCUGGGAUAAUGGUGUUGUGAGCCAUGACCAGCCUUUCAAAGCACUUCAUGGCUACAGACGUGAGUGCUACGGGUCGGUAGUCAUUUAGGCAGGUUAUCUUAGUGUACUUGGGCACAGGGACUAUGGUGGUCUGCUUGAAACAUGUUGGUAUUACAGACUCAAUCAGGGACAUGUUGAAAAUAUCAGUGAAGACACUUGCCAGUUGGUCAGCGCAUGCUCGGAGUACACGUCCUGGUAAUCCGUCUGGCCUUGUGAAUGUUGACCUGCUUAAAAGUCUUACUCACAUCGGCUAUGGAGAGCGUGAUCACAUUGUCAUCCGGAAACAGCUGAUGCUCUCAUGCAUGCUUCAGUGUUGCUUGCCUCGAAGCGAGCAUAGAAGUGAUUUAGCUCGUCUGGUAGGCUUGUGUCAAUGGGCAGCUCGCGGCUGUGCUUCCCUUUGUAGUCUGUAAUAGUUUUCAAGCCCUGCCACAUCCGAUGAGCGUCAGAGCUGGUGUAGUACGAUUCAAUCUUAGUCCUGUAUUGAUUCUGCCUGUUUGAUGUUUCGUUGGAGGGCAUAGCGGGAUUUCUUAUAAGCGUCCAGGUUAGAGUCAAUCUCCUUGAAAGCGGCAGCUCUACCCUUUAGCUCAGUGCGGAUGUUGCCUGUAAUCCAUGGCUUCUGGUUGGGGUAUAUACGUACGGUCACUGUGGGGACGACGUUAUCGAUGCACUUAUUGAUGAAGCCGCUGACUGUUGUGGUGUACUCCUCAAUGCUAUCGGAAGAAUCCCGGAACAUAUUCCAGUCUGUGCUAGCAAAACAGUCCUGUAGCUUAGCAUCUGCGUCAUCUGACCACUUCCUUAUUAACCGAGUCACUGCUGCUUUUGUUUUUGCUUAUAAGCAGGAAUCAGGAGGAUAGAGUAAUGGUCAGAUUUGCCAAAUGGAGGGUGAGGGAGAUCUUUGUACGUGUCUCUGUGUGUGGAGUAAAGGUGGUCUAGAGUUUUCUUUCCUCUGGUUGCACAUUUAACAUGCUGCAGCCAUCUUCUCUGGCGCCAUUCAUCUCGUACACCUAUUGGUUUCUUUAUAAUCCCAUGAUGAUUGUGUACCAAGCACAUUUUUAGUUUUUCAUUCAUGUAGAAGUGCCGUAUUUCAUUGCCACGGUCUGACAUGGCUUGUGUGAUUUCCCACUUGUGUGUUGGUUCCAGGUGAGGAGGAGGCCAUGGAUCAACAGGUGAGUCCGGAGCCAGAGAACGGCCAGUCAGAGGAGGAGGAAACCUCAGACCUGGAGAAUGGCCCUAAAAUCAAACCGUGCUCCAGCACCCCGGCCAAACUUUUCUCCUUCAGCAUGGUCAACUCUUAUGGAACGGCCAACAUCAGUCCACUGCCUUGCGACGGAAACGUCCUCAAACUCAAUAGUUAGUAUUCAGUCUCACAUUUGACUUUUGAGUGCUUCAACCAGUUAAAAGAGAAAAAAACAGCUUGAAAAUAAAAGUGGAAACUUAUUUUUCAAAAGUCCCGGGUGAUUAAAAUGUUUGUUGAAUUGCCAUUAGAGAACAGGCUUUAGAUGUGAGUUGCGAGCUGACCAAAGCACCUUAUCUCCUCCGUAGCACAUUCCACAGUGGCGAUCGACUGGGACUCGGACUCAAAGAAAGUGUGUUACGACGAUCAGGAAGCAGAGGUCAGUACACUAUCAGUUGACUUGAUCAGGUUGACCCAAAGCCUUUUUUGGAGGAGUUAGUUUGAAAAAUGUAAUAGUGUCACUCCGCAAUUAUAGAAUAAUUGACAAUACAAAAAACAUUGUGGACCGCUCCUAUAGAGUUUUGAUACACUAAAAACAAUGAUCGUCAAACAUGGUACAGUAUUUUCUUUGGCUUCAUCGAUAAUACAUUACAAUCUAUUAUCAUCUGCCUUUUCAAUAUGCAGACAAUCAAUAAAUCAUUGUUUUAUAUUGAAAGUACUUUUUUUUUUUGAGAGAUACGAGGUGUGAACUAUAGUUUUUCUAAACACUAAAUAUGUUAGUACAACAUCAGAUGACAACAGACAAAGUGCAAUGCUAUUUGGCUAGCAGCCACAAGUAAAAUUGCUCACGAUGAAAAAGCAAGAUGUUUUUGCAGAAAACAAUGCAUGGCCAUCAUAUUUCUGUUUAUCACGGACAGAAUGUAGCCAGCGACCUUUCCUAAUGUUUUGCUUAAAGUUAAUCUUGCAUUUUAACUUUCUACUGGACAAAAACUAUACCGGAGAGAAGUAGCCUACACAUCAGUCAGAGCGCUGUCUGGUGAUCCAGUGAUGAGAGCAAAUACACUACAUGACUAAAAGUAUGUGGAUAUCUGCUUGUCGACCAUCUCAUUCCAAAAUCAUGGGCAUUGAUAUGGAGUUGGUCCCCCCUUUGCUGCUAUAACAGCCUUCACUCUUCUGGGAAGGCUUUCCACUAGAUGUUGGAACAUUGCUGCGGAGACUUGCUUCCAUUCAGCCACGAGCAUUAGUGAGGUCCGGCACUGAUGUUGGGCGAUUAGGCCUGGCUCGCAGUCCGCAUUCCAAUUCAUCCCAAAGUUGUUUGAUGGGGUUGAGGUCAGGGCUCUGUGCAGGCCAGUCAAGUUCUUCCACACCGAUUUCGACAAACCUCGCUUUGUGCACUGGGGCAUUGUCAUGCUGAAACAGGAAAGGGCCUUCCCAACGUCGUCCGGGUUAGGUGAGGAUUUGGCCGGCAGGGAUUUCCUUGUCCCAUCGCGCUCUAGCGACUCCUUGUGGUGGGCCGGGCGCCUGCAAGCUGACUUCGGUCGCCAGUUGGACGGUGUUUCCUCCGACACGUUGGUGCGGCUGGCUUCCGGGUUAAGUGAGCAGUGUGUCAAAGAAGCAGUGCAGCUUGGCAGGGUCGUGUUUCAGAAGAUGCAUGGCUCUCGACCUUAGCCUCUCCCGAGUCCGUAGGGGAGUUGCAGAGAUGGGACAAGACUAACUACCAAUUGGAUAUCACGAAAAAGGGGUAAAAGUAAUUUUUUUAAAUGUUUCCCUUCACUGGAAGUAAGGGCCAUUGCCUAACAAUGGAAAAACAGCCCCAGACCAUUAUUCCUCCUCCAUCAAACUUUACAGUUGGCACUAUGCAUUGAGGCAGGUAUUGUUCUCCUGGCAUCCUCCAAACCCACAUUCUUCCGUCGGACUGCCAGAUGGUGAAGUGUGAUUCAUCACUCCAGAGAACGCGUUUCCACUGCUCCAGAGUCCAUUGGCGGCGAGCUUUACACGACUCCAGCUGACGCUUGGCAUUGCGCAUGGUGAUCUUAGACUUAUGUGUGGCUGCUCGGCCAUGGAAACCCAUUUCAUGAAGGUACUGACGAAUAGUUAUUGUGCUGACGAUGCUUCCAGAGGCAGUUUGGAACUCGUUAGGGAGAGUUGCAACAGAGGACAGAUGAUUUUUACGCGCUUCAGCACUCGGCGGUCCCGUUCUGUAAGCUUGUGUGGCCUUCCACUUCGCGGCUGAGCCGUUGUUGCUCCUAGACCUUUCCACUUCUUCAAUAACAGAACUUAGUUGACAGGGGAAGCUCUAGCAGAGCAGAAAUUUGACGAACUGACUUGUUGGAAAGGUGGCAUCCUAUAAUGGUGCCACGUUGAAUGUCACUGAGCUCUUCAGUAAGGCCAUUCUCCUGCCAAUGUUUGUCUAUAGAGAUUGCAUGGCUGUGUGCUCGAUUUUUGUGAAGUAGCCGAAUCCAUUAAUUUGAAGGGGUGUCCACAUACUUUUGUGUGUACAGUGCAUUCGGAAAGUAUUCAGACCCCUUGACGUUUUCCACAUUUUGUUACGUUACAGCCUUAUUCUAAAACAUAUUACAUUUUUUCCCCUCCUCAAUCUACACACAGUACCCCAUAAUGACAAAGCAAAAAUAAAAAAAGAUCACAUUUACAUAAAUAUUCAGAACCUUUUACUCAGUACUUUUGUUGAAGCACCUUUGGCAGCAAUUACAGCCUCGUCUUCUUGGUAUGACUCUACAAGCUUGGCUCACCUGUAUUUGGGGAGUUUCUUCUUUGCAGAUCCUCUCAAGUGCUGUCAGGUUGGAUGAGGAGCGUCGCUGCACAGCUAUUUUCAGGUCUCUCCAGAGAUGUUCAAGUCUGGGCUCUGGCUGGGCCACUCAAGGACAUUCCGAGACUUGUCCCGAAGCAACUCCUGUGUUGUCUUUGCUAUGUGCUUAGGGUCGUUGUCCUGUUGGAAGAUGAACUUUCGCCCCAGUCUGAGGUCCUGAGCACUCUGGAGCAGGUUUUCAUCAAGGAACUCUCUGUACUUUGCUCCGUUCAUCUUUCCCUCGAUCCUGACUAGUCUCCCAGUCCUUGACGCUGAAAAACAUCCCCACAGCAUGAUCAUGCCACAACCAUGCUUCACCGUAGGGAUGGUGCCAGGUUUCCUCCAGAGUUGACACUUGACAUUCAGGCCAAAGAGUUCAAUCUUGGUUUCAUCAGAGCAGAGAAUCUCUUUUCUCAUGGUCUGAGAGUCCUUUAGGUGCCUUUUGGCAAACUCCAAGCGGGCUGUCUUGUGCCUUUUACUGAGGAGUGGCUUCCGUCUGGCCACUCUACCAUAAAGGCCUGAUUGGUGGAGUGCUGCAGAGAUGGUUGUCCUUCUGGAAGGUUCUCCCAUCUCCACAGAGGAGCUCUGUCAAAAUGACCAUAGAGUUCUUGGUCACCUCCCUGACCAAGGCUCUUCUCCCCCGAUUGCUCAGUUUGGCCGGGCGGCCAGCGCUAGAAAGUGUCUUGGUGGUUCCAAACUUCCAUUUAAGAAUGAUGGAGGCCACUGUGUUCUUGGGGACCUUCAGUGCUGCAGAAAUGGUUUGGUCCCUUUCCCCAGAUCUGUGCCUCGACACAAUCCUGUCUGAGCUCUACAGGUGGACUACAAUCAAGUUGUAGAAACAUCUCGAGGAUGAUCAAUGGAAACAGGAUGCACCUGAGCUCAAUUUUUAGUCUCAUAGCAAAGGGUCUGAAUACUUACUUGUUUUAUUUUAAUACAUUUGCAAACAUUUCUACAAACCUGUUUUCACUUUUUCAUUAUGCGGUAUUGAGAGUAGAUUGAGGAUAAAAAAUGUUUUACAUCCAUUUUAUAAUAAGGCUGUAACGUAACAAUGUGGAAAAAGAGAAGGUCUGAAUACUUUCCGAAUGCACUGUGUGUAUAUAUAGUGUAUAUUUCAUCCGAGUGGAGAAGUGCAACUGAAGUGCGAAAUUACCGUACUCCUUUUACAUUCAUGAUUUGGAGUGAACCCUGACUGGAGCCAAGCAGAAUUUACAAUGAGAAGCAUUUUAGAUCAGAGUUUACAAAACGCAGCACGAUAUGUUUUCUUCGUUUUUAACUUUCCUUUUCUGUCUGAAAAAUGCAGAAUCCUGCAUUAACGCGACCCCUAAUUAUUGGUAUCAGUUAUUAUACACAGAACAAAAAUAUAAAUGCAAAAUGUAAAGUGUUGGUCCCAUGUUUCAUGGGCUGAAAUAAAAGAUCCCAAGAAAUGUUCCAUAUGCGACGUCUGUGGGCAAAUGCUCACCUUUGAUGACCACUGGUAUGCUGGAGAAGUGUGCACAUCAUGGUGGCGGUGGGGUUAUGGUAUGGAUAGGCAUAAGCUACAGACAACAAACACAAUUGCAUUUUAUCGAUGGGAAUUUGAAUGCACAGCUAUACCGUGACGAGAUCCUGAGGCCCAUUGUUGUGCUAUUAAUCCGCCCCUAUUGCCUCAUGUUUCAGCAUGAUAAUGCACGGCCUCAUGUCACAAGGAUCUGUACACAAUUCCUGGAAACUGAAAAUGUCCCAGUUCUUUCAUGGCCUGCAUACUCACCAGACAUGUCACCCAUUGAGGAUGUUUGGGAUGCUCUUGAUCGACGUGUACGAAAGCAUGUUCCAGUUCCCGCCAAUAUCCAGCAACUUCGCCAAGCAAUUGAAAAGGAGUGGGAGAACAUUCCACAGGCCAUAAUCAACAGCCUGAUCAACUCUAUGCGAAGAAGAUGUCGCGCUGCAUGAGGCAAAUGGUGGUCACACCAGAUAUUGACUGGUUUUCUGAUCCACACCCCUCCUUGUUUUUUGUUGUUGUUUUUUUUGUAUCUGUGACCAACAGAUGCAUGUGUGUAUUCCCAGUCAUGUAAAAUCCAUAGAUUAGGGCCUAAUUAAUGUAUUUCAAUUGACUGAUUUCCUUGUAUGAACUGUAACUCAGUAAAAUCUUUGAAAUUGUUGCGUUUGUUUUUGUUCAUUGUACAUCUUUACACAUAUGCAUAAACACAAAAACUGUACAGUAGAUAAAAGGACAUUUAGGCACUGAUAAAGAAACGUCUCCGUUGGAGGGUAGGUGGCAGGCUUUGGCAUUUACAUUAUUGUUACCAGAUAAAAUGUCACACAAUUGAUUAUUUCAAAGGAUGUGUACCUGGCUAUGUCUGUAUGGUGUGUACAUCUGUGACUCAGUCCUGUAUCCUCUAUGUGUACUGUAGGCAUAUGAGAAGCAUGAGAGCAUGCUCCAGGCCCCGAAGAAGAAGGCCACGGUGGCUUUGAGGGAAUGCAUUGAGCUCUUCACUACCAUGGAGACGCUAGGAGAGCACGACCCAUGGUGAGACCCACCCCCACUACAGCACUGUCUGCCAUGCUCAACAAGAUACACUAGCCCUUAGCACUCAACUCCCUAAGUCGUUGAUACCACUACGUUCUGUGGUGAAUUUUAAUGCUGUUUUUGUGUUUGUAUAUUUUACUGAAAUCAAUGAUUCCUCACAUGUUCACACAGGUAUUGCCCCACCUGUAAGAAGCACCAACAGGCCACAAAGAAGUUUGACUUGUGGUCUUUGCCUCGCAUCCUGGUGGUCCACCUGAAGCGUUUUUCCUACAAUCGCUGCUGGAGGGACAAGCUGGACACGGUGGUGGACUUCCCUGUCAGGUACAGACAGCACUAUGCCAAGACGUGGAACAGUUCUAACGAACAUACUAUAUUUUUAUCAUCAAUGAUUCACAUUGAGAUGGACAUUGUCUGUGCUCUUUAUUCUUUGUAUUUUGAGAGGUCAAAUUAUGAAAGCAUCCUUUUGAUUUUGUCGUCAACUUUUAUGGACCCAAGGAAUUGACAGCUUUUACACUAGAGGGUGCUGGUGUGCUAGAUUUAUAGAAACCCUGGAUUGCUGAUGCAAUGUAUUGGCCAAUGAGAGGCAUAGAAGAAGCAGUCCUCCAUAGGAAUAAAUGGAAUUCUACACUAUUUCAAUUAAAUGUUUCAAGGACAGAAUUACAUGGAUUUAAGAUUUUUUCAUUUAUUUUAUGUUUAGCUCAAAUAAUAUAAGUUUAAAAGUAUGCGUUAAGGUGUCUGUAAUAGUAAAUGUGGCAAAAACAAAUGUAGACAUUAAUAAACGCAUUUCUAUAGCUUCCAAAAUAUUUUUUACAAUAGUGGGGCUGUUCCAAGAUGGAGGCGCGUUGCCAUCCCAACAGCGCCCCCUGUCUUUAAUCUGGUAUGUGUUUGUAAAUUAUGUACAGUAACAGUCAAAGGUUUGGACACACCUAUUCAUUCAAGGGUUUUUCUUUAUUUUUAAAAUGUUCUACAUUGUAGAAUAAUAGUGAAGACAUCAAAACUAUGAAAUAACACAUAUGUAGGUGUGUCCAAACUUUUGACUGGUACUGUAUAUAUUAAUUAAUUAAAUAAAUCAUUGGGUACAAUACACAAGGUCUCUGUCUGUUUGAGGAAGUCCUGGUCACAUUUGAGAAGUCUUAACUGUCAGAGAAACUGACGUCAAGCUCCAACAGACAAAAAUAGCAUCUGUAGUAUAGUUACAUCGGGUAAUAACUGUUUUACAAGGGGAAUUUCACAAUCACAAAAAGCCCUUUAAACUAAACCAGUGUCAUUUUAAUGUAUUUUCCAUUAGCAGAAUACUCAGUUUAUUCCCCAGGUUGUGACAAGAAGCCAUUUGAAAUACUGUUGUAUAAAAGCUACCUGUGUGGGGGUUGUCUGGCUGAAUGCCUGGGAGCCUCCCUGUGCUGUGUUUACUGACCUCUACUGAGUCACAUUAGCCAGCAGGAACCAGGAAGCAGAAUUAAUUGUUACUGACCUAGACAAGCCCUGCUGCUUCCAAGAACCUGACUCAUGCUUACUGAGGAUGGUUGAGACCGACAGAGCCAUCUAUUGUACCUCACCUCUCGCACCAAUGUAUCAGCUGAAGUGCUAGCUGACCACCAUCCUCCACACUGGGUUCAGUGUUGAUGACAUGUCCAAAAUGAAUCACACUUGAUAUAAUAAAACAUGGCUUUCUGUAUAGCCCUGUGCUUAUGUGUUUAGCUGUCAGUCCAAGUCAUUGUGUGUAUGUAAUGUGUAGUAGUAGUAGGUUUUGCUGAUGACAUGUCUUCUCUUUCCACAUAGGGACCUGAACAUGUCUGAGUUUGUGUGUGACCCAAAGGCCGGACCCUAUGUUUAUGACCUCAUUGCUGUCUCCAACCACUAUGGAGGAAUGGGAGGAGGCCACUGUGAGUAAUGGUUGCUUCUGCCAGUAACACCCAGGUCAAUCCUUAAUGCAGACUCUUAGACCUAGAUAAUGACUUACACCAGGGUGUCUGCGUGUCCUUAAAAAGUAUUUGUCUUAAAUUAAUUUAUCUGAUAUAAAGGCCUAGAUAAGUUUUACAGUCUUGCUCAUGGCGGCAGAACGGCAAGGACUGGCCCUGCUAUCUGCAUAAUAAUAUCUGCUGAUAAAGCUAUUUGUUUUAGUACCUGGUAACCUGAAGCAGGUCAAAUUCGAGUUUAUAAAACAGUCAGCGGUGUUUAGACUGUUUGUUCCCACUUACAUGGCAUGUAGUGUCAACUUAAUUUGGCCAAGCUUUUGUUUGGUGGUGACUAACCAGGCCUGCUAGUGGAAACCAGUUUAUCAGCUAUUCAUCCUAGCUCAACUUUAGACAUCACUGACCAUGAUGUAGUUUUCUAAUGUUUCUCCAAUAUCUUGUACCUUCAGACACAGCCUACGGCAAGAACAAAGCUGAUGGGAAAUGGCAUUACUUUGAUGACAGUAGUGUAUCGGCUGCCUCGGAGGAUCAGAUUGUGGUGAGUGAGCAACUUCAAACCUUACAUUCAUGUGUAACUCUGUAUACAGAGCAUCCGGAAAGUAUUCAGACCCCUUGACUUUUUCUACAUUUUGUUACGCUACAGCCUUAUUCUAAAAUUGAUAAAAAAUAUACAGUACCAGUCCAAAGUUUGGACACCUACUCAUUCCAGGGUUUUUCUUUAUUUUGACUAUUUUCUACAUUGAAAUGUUGAUUAUGUAUAAAAAUGUCUAUGAUGUGGGACUCAUUAUUACCAAUUUCUUAGAGCUAUUUGUUGUUCCAUGUGUCCAGUGUUUAUUAAUGAAUGUCAGCAGUGAUGAGAGCUCUCCAUUGACUAUGUCCUUUGGUGUUGAGUGUCAGUGUUGCUGUGGUGUAACUCUAUCCCCUCUCUCCUCCACAGACAAAAGCAGCCUACGUGCUAUUUUACCAACGCAGAGAUGUGGGCGACACCCCCACCAAGCCUCCGCCCUCUUCCCCUCUAGGGGGCGCUAAGGCCGACGAUCACAUGGAUACCAACUGAGCAGCGCUGAUGCUCAGGGACACGACACGCACUGAAGCAAAAAAAAUGACACACUUUGUUGAUGCACACACCAAGCUACUUCAGUGACAUAAGACUUCUGAGUCAAUAUUAUUAACUCCCCUCAACCCGUCACCCCUUUGUUUUUUUGUUUUGCUCAUACAUCGUCACCAAGAGCCAAAAGCCUUGUUAGAUGCUUGACCCGAGAGACUUCCUCCCUGGAGCCGGUGGCCUGCUGAUGUGUGAAACCUAGUUGACUAGUUAAAAAAAUAAAGAGGAAUAUAAAAAGGCUAAGAAUCCUCUCACUGGACGAACAGAAUGUUAGAAGUGCACUAAAAUGCUUAGGUAUUAUUAACUCAAACUUUUCUGUUACCUACUAGAAAAGUCAAAAAAAUAAAAAAAAGCCAAAUCCACAUCUUGUUUCUACCAAAGCGUUCUAAGUUGUACAUUGUAAAGAAAUGUACCAACUGCAUUGACAGACAGUGGGAAAGGGGAAACAUGCCCUUGAGUUGUCUCUGAUUUGUGUCUGUGAUGAUAACCCUCCAUGGCAGCGGUGAAUUUAUGCAAAUUUGUAUUUAACAUUGAGAUGUACACACAAUUCAACACAUGCCACUGAUGGAUCCUGUGACCUUCUGCCUCCUGUGAAGAAUGGAUCCAGUCAGAAAGGCACACUGGAGGUGUUCCCUCUGCUACAGAAACACACACAGGCCCCCUCAUUCUAGUCUGCCUCUGGGUUGGCCUGCAGGUCGUGUCCACAGUAGAUGGUGUUCCCUUAAGGUCCUGUUUACUGUGCCUUGAUAUAAGCUGUGUCAGAGGCUUCAUUUUCAGAGACGUGACUUCUGUCAGACCAUAGCCUGCUCUUUAUUAAGCCCAGCAUGCUAAUGCUGUCUCUCUCAUACCCCUCGCUCUCAUAAGUCUCAUCCUGCUAAAGAUGUGCUGCUCCCCCUCGUUACGCAAAGGCAACAGCGUCCUUUUAAUCCUGCAACCUGUUUAAAAAAGGAAGCACUUUUACGUUUUCCUUUAGUUGCAUCUGGAAUAAUACAUCUGUAUGUAUGACAUGUGGCAAGGCCCUGACCACUCAUACAUUUCCAGAUAAUAUGGCAGUACUUUCAAGCAUAUUUGAUUGCUGAUUGAAUGGACCCUCUGACUGCCAGCAAUGGCUUGUCCUUAGGCUACCUGUCCUGUAUGGUAUUACAGUCCUGCAUUGAAAUCUGACAUGUAUGAAAGUGGUGCUAAAUUUAUGAGACUUGAAAUUGUUGCUGUUCAUGAUAAGUCUCCAAUCCAUUGUCAAAUAGAAUUUGGACAGCAAUAACUUAAAGGCAUCCUCAGUGUGUUUAGGACUGCAGGCAUCUGCAGCCAUGUGUGUCCUCCCACCAAUGGACUCUCAGACAACCAAUCAGCUGUUAAAUAAAAUAUAUAAUGAUGACAUGACAUCUUGCUCGUCAAUGGAUGGAAAAAGGACUCCUAUAAAUCGAUCUGCUGUCGGACUGUUGCUACGUAGCUCUAUAUUCUUCACUGACACGUGUCACAUUGAAUACUAGUAGUCUUCAGUAACAGCUGCUCAGCUUGUGGGGGGCUGGUGACAGCAACACAAUACAUGUCAGGAACCAGUGUCUGAUACCAGAUUCAGCACCCUUCCGUAGUAUUUCACUGCGUUGCUAAGUGUCUUGUAAAGGUUGAUACAAUAUACGACUAACCAGAGCUAUAUAAGUGGCUCUGCCAAUAACUACUUCAUGGAUGAAUUUCCCGUAAGAUCAAUUCUAGCUCUGUGGCAUUUGUCCUGUGCUUUUUCCAUGUGGCACAAAAGCAUGUAAAUGUCUUUGGGACUGCAGAUGUCCUAUUUGCUGGUUGGUCCCUCUGUGAUUAUGCCCUCCUGAGAUGAUUACAAUAUUAAUAUAACCAUAUUUAUGUCAAUGAAUAGAAAAGCUUUACACCAUAUCUGUAAUAUUAUUCUAUAGCAAGUGAAAAAGGCACCCAGCUGUCCAAAACAGAUUGGAUUAGUUGCUUUUCUUUACAAUCCUCAUGAGCAACUUAGCCAUUUGAGCUUCAAUUUGCUGUCAAAUAUCUUGAAUAGAUGUAAAUAAUCACACUAUUUCAAAAAUAGUUAUGUAACUGUUGUAAUAUUGAUCAUAUUGCCAAUAUCUGCAAUAUUUGUUUUUAAUUGAGAAUUAUUUGGAUUGGAAAUACAAUAAAGACUGGCAGCCUAAAAUGAUAUA